GGGGCGUGAACAAAAGGAAUUGCUUUACCGCGUGCGCCCUCGCGCCGUGUUUUGCUUCACAGUUUAAACACUACGAUACAAUUUUAGCUUAGAAAUGGAGAAAUUUAACAUGCUGCUAUUUGAAUACCCACAAUUAAUGUACGGCGGAGUUGGAGCUACGGCGUUUGUAGCGGGCGGAGCGCUGAUCUACAAAAUUGCCACCAGGAAGAAGCCUGCUCAUGCAAAUGUAAACUGCUGGUUCUGCAAUCAGAACACAGUAGUGCCUUAUGGAAACAGGAACUGCUGGGAUUGUCCCAACUGUGACCAAUACAAUGGCUUCCAAGAGAAUGGGGAUUACAACAAACCCAUCCCAGCUCAGUACAUGGAGCAUCUUAAUCAUGGCGUAUCUGGAAGCCUUCCUUCAUCUGAGACACCCGCGACUCUGCAGUGGGUUAACUGUCAAAUGCUGCUGUGCAGGAAGUGCAAUAAUAAUCAGACUGCAAAAAUCAAGCAGUUGGCUUCAUAUGUUCCCAGGGAUGAUGACAAAUAUGACGAGGAAAUUGAAGCCUACAAGCAUCACCUGGAGCAGACGUAUAAGUUAUGCAGACCUUGUCAGGCAGCGGUGGAAUAUUACAUAAAAUAUCAAAACCGUCAGCUUCGUACAAGGCUCCUAAACCAUCCGCUGCGGUGCUCGCGAGAAUUGGACUCAGGGUUUGUGAAGAGCUCCGAUUCUCAGUCCUCACCCACAGGAGUCGUACUCUUACGGGCCCUUGCUUUCCUGAUUUGUGCUUUCCUACUCGCUUCAUUUGCCUAUAAAUUACCAGAACAGCCUCUCUCUCCAAAUGGGCCACAGACCUCAAGCGGGGGCGUCAUUCCUCCAAAGCCAGAGUCCAGCAACGAAUCCACUGCCAACAACGACAGCACCACAGAUUUGCCUGUGUGGCAGGGCCUGCUGGAGUUUAUCCCAGAUAAGGCUGUUGAAAAUGCCAAGUUAGUCUGGCAGCAUGGCAGGGACAACCAGCUGGCAAUCGUGUCUGUGGGCCUCAUGACUUGUCUUACAGCUAUUUUCUUGGCGGGACCUAUGCGGUUGAGAAGAAUUGAUGCCAUAGGCUCUGUCAUGUGGUUUGUCGUCCUGUGCCUCUACCUGGCUGAGAGCUACUUGGCCAAUACUCCGAGCUGGAUGGACACAGUAAAGCUUGUUAACAUCUCCCUCUGUUGCCUCGUCGGCCUCGCUGCUGCUGCUGCAACUCGCAAACCACCGGGUCAACGAAGAGCCAAAUAUCGAAGAUACCUUGCAGGCAGCUCUGCAGUCCCACCCUUCAGCAGCCAGCUUCCUCCCUUUCACCCUCCCGACGGGGCAGACCCCUUCAUCCUCACCCCGCCCCCCUACAUUUCUGAGCUAAUCAGCCGCCAGCACGGUCCUCGCGAGCGCAAAGCUUCCCCCUCCACUCUGCCUGGACGCCUCAGUAGAGCCCUCUGCCUCGGAACAGUCCCCUCCCUCACAAGGACAGGUUCAGGUUACCUGUUUAGUGGUAGUAGACCUGCCUCACAGUACAAAGACUCAACAUCAUCAGAUUACUUCUCUUUGAAAUCUGGGAGCCGGCCAUCAUCCCCUGGUCCAUCUCCUACACCUUCAUUGGCUGGGUCGUUUACAUCCAGUUCUGGUUCAGCCAGACAGCGCCGUCCCCUCAUUAGUCCUGCCCGUCUCAACAUCACUGGCCAAAAGCUCCGCCUUUUUUCCUGCGAAUCACAUCCAAAGCUUGUUUCUCCACCUGUGUCUUCAUUUCCUUUCUACGUAGAGCCGACGCCUUCGAUUUACAGUGGCUGUUUCUCACGAGACAUAUCUCCUUUCCAAAGUCAAAAUGAUUUGAGUUCCUUAAUAAAAAAUGGAAGUGUGAUAGAGGAGGAAAAACGAAGCAGCUCCUCAGGGUCCUCAGCUUGCCAGGUUGGCACAACAACACAAAGUCCUGAGAGCUUCACUGCUCCAAAAGGUUUUGUGAAACAUUUCAUCUAUCCAUCGCUUUUGUUGACAAGCCUAACGGCCAACCUGUUGUUCGGCUGCUUCUAUCUCUACCAUCGCUGGGGGUGAAGCCUCGGCGAGUCCGCUGCUUGUUUUCUCAUGAACUCAACAGAGACUGACCCUCUGGACUUUUUAUAUCCGCGUGGUUUCUGAUAAUCAGCUGUGUCAGGAAAACCUCCACCUUCUGGUCGUCGCUGUUUUCUGGGUCUUUAAUUAAAAAUCCACUGAUUUCAGCAGACUUUCCAUUAGAGACGGACCUCCUAUAUUGUUUAGAUUACAGUAAGAAAACAUGAAUAUAGCUGGUUUAAAAGGGGCCAGUCCUUCACUCAUGGUUGACUGUGUGUCAGAACCCACAUUAUGAAAUGUGCACUAGGUGUACCCUUGAGCUGAUGCUGAUUGGGCACUGAGGGUCACAUGUAACCUGCUGGCCCUGGUUGUAAUCAGUGUGUUUCUGUCAUUAGCAGAAAACCUUUUCUGGUUCUCAGUCAAAAUGAGGGGCUUGCUUGGUUCCUAAAACAAGAUACAAUUUUGAGUUUUGAAAUGUAAAGAUAACUGGUGUUGGCGUAUAUUGUUAUGUAUGUUCAGCUGCAAAAUGAUUCACUGGUGCUCUGUUGUUUCCCUGUUUAGAGUUCAUCUAAUGUAAAGGUCACAUUCAUUCUCUACUCAAAAGGUUCUCCUAAACCAAACCAUCUGUGUUAUAUAUUUGUUUUACUAGCUUUAGUAUAAGCUAAUUUUACGAGACUUCUCGUAUAAUGUCUGGAAGUUGGAAAUGUUUUUUCACUGUUUUUCUGAGUCAUUUAGUUCUUUGACUCGGGGGGGUUAAGUGUGUAACACGCGGUGUUUGGUUUCUCUUAGUGUGAAUGGUAAUUUAUAAAAACAUGUAAGUUACACUUGUGAAAUGUGGACUUUUAGUUAUUUUCUGUGAAGGUAUCGCAGUUAAGUUUUUCUUAGAAAUUGUAUUGUAAUUUGAAUUUUUUUUAAUUCAUAGUUGUUUUCUUCACAUUGGCACAGAUCAAUUGAAAAAAACAACACAAAAAAUGCUACUGUAGGGUGUCUGAAAGACUGUUUAACGGCAGUGUAGGAAACUCUUUGGACUGUACACUGAACGUACCUAUGCCUAUAUAUACUUGAGUAUAACAUGCCUGUGUUUAAAAUCAUGUUGUGUGUUUGAAUGGAAAUUAUCUUUUUACUCCAACAAGAUUAACCUCAGAGACAAACCUCAUUUUCAUUGCUUUCAAAAUGAACUUUUUCUUAUUGGAAAAUGACUACAAUAUACAUUUUUAUUUUUCUGGAGUUUCAAAUCCCCAGUAGCAUUAAAUCAGAAACUGUCCCUUGAUGAUGAGAUGAAGUUAUCUUUAUAUUAUUUACAUCAUUUGUUUGAAGGUUUGUGUUUCUGCUGUUAAGCUGAGUGUGUUAUUGUUUGGUAUAAUAACUUCAUCUGUAUCUGAUUUCUUUUUGUUGUUUUUUUAAUAAAUGUAUUUUUUCUAACUCA